GCCCGGCCCGGCCUGGCCUGGCCGGGACAUGGGACAUGGGCGGCCCCGCCGCGCCGCGCCCGCGGGGGCUCCGGGGGCUCCUGCCGCCGCUACCGCCGCUGCUGCCGCUGCUUCUGCUGCUGCUCCCGCCGCCCCCGGCACAGAGCCUCAAAGGUGGUGCUGUGACUGUCCCAGAAACGCUGCUCUUCAUCUCCACACUGGAUGGGAACCUCCACGCCGUCAGCAAGAGCACAGGGGACAUCAAGUGGACCCUGAAGGAUGAUCCCAUUCUGCAGGUGCCGGUCUAUGUGGCAGAGCCAGCAUUCCUUCCAGACCCCAAUGAUGGCAGCCUGUAUAUCCUGGGAGGAAAGAACAAGGAAGGCUUGAUGAAGCUGCCGUUCACCAUCCCGGAGCUGGUGCAGUCCUCGCCGUGCCGCGGCUCGGAUGGGGUGCUGUACACCGGGAAGAAGCAGGACAGCUGGUUCAUUGUGGACCCCAAAUCAGGGAAGAAGCAGACCACCCUCUCAACAGAGGCCUGGGAUGGUCUGUGCCCAUCCAGCCCCUUGCUCUACAUCGGACGCACCCAGUACGUCAUCACCAUGUAUGACACCAAGUCGCGGGAGCUGCGCUGGAAUGCCACCUUCUCCGAGUACUCGGCCCCGCUCUGCGAGGAGUCCUACCAGUACAAAAUGGCACACUUGGCCUCAAGCGGUGACGGGCUGGUGGUGACCCUGGACAAGGAGAGCGGGGAGGUCCUGUGGGCGCAGAACUAUGGCUCACCUGUGGUUGGCAUCUACCUGUGGCAUCAGGACAGCCUGCGCCGCCUGCCCCACCUCAACGUGGCCAUGGAGACCCUGCGCUACCUGACCUUCCAGUCACAGGACAUCCACGUCCUCAAGUGGAGCUACCAGUCCGUCAAGGACUUCGCUGCCACCAAGACCCAGCUGCUGCCGGCGCUCUACGUGGGGAAGCACGCCACCAGUUUCUAUGCUGUGACCUCCCUGGUGCACGGCAGCGUGGCGCUGGUGCCCCAGGGCAUCACGCUGGCCAGGAUCGACGGCCCCACCACGGAGGACGUGACCAUGAGGGAGUCUGGGGAGUGCGAGAUCAUGCCCAGCACAGAUGUCAAGUACCCGCAGGGCAGCAUCGCCUCACCUCCCAACCAGUGGCUCCUCAUAGGGCACCAUGAGCUGCCUCCUUUGGUCCACACCACGAUGCUGAGAGCCUUCCCAGAGAACCUGAGGAAAACCACGGAAACCAUCAUCCCCAGGGCUCCUCCCAGCAGGACCGUGUUCGACGAUUUCCUGGCCCCCAGCAGCCCCGAGGAGCCAGCUGUCCGCAGCGAGGGGCAGCUCCAGGCAGACCCUGUGCCAGGGGAGCAGCUGGAGGUGUACCCCGAGUCUGGCACCUGGGACCUGGUGAUGGCAGGCAUCGGCACGGCUCUGCUGGGCGGGGGAAUCCUGGUCCUGCUGCUCAUGAAGCUGCAGCGGCAGCAUGUGGCCCAGCAGCAGCAGCUGGAGGAGCAGAUACAGCUCCUGCAGCAGCAGCAGGAGAUGCUGCUCUCGGGCCGAGUCUCCAGGGAGGGGGUCCCUGAGGAGCCCAGGGAGCUGGAGCUGAGCCAGGGCAGUGCCUCAGAGCUCUCACAGAGCUCCAGCCCCUCCGCCUGCCUGAAGGAGCCGGCUAACGGGACAGUCAGCCCAGAGCCAGCUGUCCCAGUGCCUGCUGAAGAUGCAGAACCAGACCUGGUUGUAGUUGGGAAAGUUUCUUUUAACCCCAAAGAUGUGCUGGGCCAUGGAGCUGGAGGAACCUUUGUCUUCAGGGGGCAGUUCGAGGGCCGCAGCGUGGCCGUGAAGCGCCUCCUGCCCGAGUGUGUGCACCUGCUGGAGCGCGAGGUGCGGCUGCUGCGCGAGUCCGACGAGCAUCCGCACGUGGUGCGCUACUUCUGCACGGAGCGGGACCGCCAGUUCCACUACAUCGCCAUCGAGCUGUGCUCCGCCACGCUGCAGGAGUACGUGGAGAGCCCCAGCUUUGAGCGCCGUGGGCUGGACCCGGUGUCCGUGCUGCGUCAGACCAUGUCGGGGCUGGCCCACCUGCACUCCCUCAGCAUCGUGCACCGUGACCUGAAGCCCUGCAACAUCCUCAUCUCUGUCCCGAACCGCCACGGGCAGAUCCGCGCCGUCAUCUCCGACUUUGGCCUUUGCAAGAAACUCCAGGGGGGCCGGCAGAGCUUCAGCCUCCGCUCCGGGAUCCCCGGCACUGAGGGCUGGAUCGCGCCCGAGGUGCUGCAGGACGCCCCGAAGGAGAACCCUACCAGUGCUGUGGACAUCUUCUCAGCCGGGUGCAUCUUCUACUACGUGAUGUCGGGGGGCCAGCACCCCUUUGGGGACAGCCUGCGGCGCCAGGCCAACAUCCUGGCGGGCUGCUACCAGCUGAGCUGCCUGCAGGAGGAGGCUCACGACAAACUCGUUGCGAGGGAGCUGAUUGUGGCGAUGAUCAGCGCCGAGCCCCAGCGCCGGCCCUCAGCCCCUGUGGUCCUUGUGCAUCCCUUUUUCUGGAGUCAGGAGAAGCAGCUGCAGUUCUUCCAGGACGUCAGUGACCGUGUGGAGAAGGAGCCAGCCGAGGGGCCCAUCGUCUCAGCCCUGGAAUCGGGGGGACGGGCGGUGGUGAGGACCAACUGGAGGAUGCACAUCUCCCUCCCACUGCAGAUGGACCUGAGGAAGUUCCGCACCUACAAGGGGGGGUCAGUGCGUGACCUGCUGCGGGCCAUGAGGAACAAGAAGCACCACUACCACGAGCUGCCGGCCGACGUGCAGGUGGCCCUGGGCUCCGUCCCCGAGGGCUUUGUGGAGUACUUCACCUCCCGUUUCCCGCGGCUGCUGCUGCACACGCACGGGGCCAUGCGGCUCUGUGCCCACGAGCGCACCUUCCGCUCCUACUACUGCCAGGGCCUGAGGGGCGAUGGCGCCUGAGGGCCGCGGGUCACACACGACAGCUGUGGGCCAUGCCUGAGGGCUGCGGGUCACACACGACAGCUGUGGGCCAUGCCCGAGGGCUGCGGGUCACACACGACAGCUGUGGGCCAUGCCUGAGGGCUGUGGGCCAUGCCUGAGGGCUGCGGGUCACACACGACAGCUGUGGGCCAUGCCCGAGGGCUGCGGGUCACACACGACAGCUGUGGGCCAUGCCUUAGGGGCAACGGUGCCUGUGGGCUGCGGGUCACACCUGAAGGCCGUGCGUCAGGCCCAAGGACCAUGGGCUAUGCCCGAGGGCUGUGGCUGCUGCUCCCCGCCUGGGCCCUCUCUCAGUGCCCUGCUGCCAGCCAGGCGAGGGCUCAGCAGGUGAGGGAUGGGACAGCACCGUGCUCUCACCUGGGGGACCCUCUGGGCAGCCAACACUCUGCCAACACUCACAGCCAGACUCAGGUGUGAAGGCAUUUGGGUCAGAAAACAAAGACAUCUCAGGUGGAUACAGUGCUUGGAGAAGAAAGAGGAAAACACAUUGUGUUUUCACAGUGGGGCCCUGGCACAGCGAUGCCCUCAGGCUGCCAUCAGCCUCAGGGGACAUUCACCAGGAACAGGAGGCUUUGUCUCACAGGUUCUCUCCUGUGCCAAGGGCCUGGGGAUGCAGCUCCUUGAGCUGUGCCCAGGACCAGGCCCCCAGUCCUGACACUGGAGCUGCCCCCCAGCCCCAGCAGGGCUGUGCUCACCAGGCCAGGCCCAGCAGCCGCCCUGAGGCUGGGACCUGCCUCUGGCACCCAGGCUGUGGGGCACAGCCCCACCAUAGGGGGGUGUGAAUCUCAGCUGUGCCCAGAACAGGGCUUUCUCCCUUACGAGCCCCAGCAGCCUGUACCAGGCCUGGUGGCACAGCAGUCCAAGAACAGUUGUCUCUGGGCAAAAAGGAGGGAGUUCCUUGUCCCUGGGAUCCCUCUCUCAAAGACAGGCGUGUGCCUGCAGCUCCCCCAGCCUCUCCUGCUGCCCAGGGCAGGUAUCCCAUGGGUGCUGUGGUUCAUGGCAUGCCCAUGGGCAUGUGGGCCCUGCAAGCCAGCCUCCAGCACCAGCUGAGCCUAUGGGCACAGAGAGCCCCACAGCAAAGCUCCUCUGUGGAACAGCAAUAAUUUUGUAUAGUUUGAUUCCUCUGCAUACUGGGUUGUGGGAUUUUGUUACACAGAUAACAGGGUUUGUACCAGAUUUCUUUUCAGAAUGUAUUUAUACAAAAUGUUAUAAAAAAUUAAAAAACAUCAACUGAAGAUUGUCCUGCUUAUAGAAACAAACUGGCCUAAGAGCACCUCUAGUUGCUGGCAGUGAUGGUGGAGUGCAACAGGCAGGUCACUGGGCUCCUGCUGCCUGAGAGGACUUGUGCUGAUUCUUUAGCCAUAAUUAGUCAUGGAGCCAAGGAAGAGGCAAGCCAGGCCAAGGGUAAGAGGAUGUCUCAUUGAGAGGGGGAAGCCAGAGCAGUGCUAUCCCC